UUGAUAUCUGUGCUAUCGAUAUUUGGAUCGAUCCGCCCAGCCCUCGUUGAGCGUUCUUGUCAACCUGCGUCUCUCGUCCAGUGGAUACAAAUGUGCUGGUUGUGUGCUUGCGUAGUUGUUCUGUGCCAUAGUUCUAGACUUAAGUCGAACAUGGAAGUGACGACAGUCCUGGGCUAACAGUCCUGCAGCCUCCCUCCAACAUGUGGCUGCGGGGCAGCGCUAGAACCAUCCGGAGGAGGAUGCUGUGUUUGUGGCUGUUGCUCGUCGGGUUGCUUAUUUUGACACUCUCCGAUCUCUUCCACGGUGGCACUCAGCAGGAAGCCGCCACUCCACGGCGGACCCUCGGUUCGCCAGACGACUCGGAUGCCGUGGUGCAGUUCCGAGACGCGGCGUUGGAGCUCGUAGUCGACUUCCCCAUCAACUCGCUUCAAGAGGACCAGCUUCUGUUCGUGGGGUCCACUCAGGGCACAAAGAACCCUCCACACAAUAAGAAGUGGGGUUACAAGGUGCUCCUGCCCGCAGCCAAGAAGCAGGAUCGCGAGGGUAAAGAAACGCGUCAGGAAGAAGUCUCACCGCCAGAGGUGCGACACCCCGAGUGUCUAGGGGAGCUGUACAGUGAAUCACUGCCUUCUGCCAGCGUUGUCAUCUGCUUUCAUGACGAGGCUUGGGCCACUCUUUUACGCACGUUGCACAGCGUCCUCAACACAGCACCUAAAGACUUUUUACUGGAGCUCCUCCUAGUGGACGACUUCAGUACUCGGGAUAACCUGAAGAGUAUGCUGAGUGAGUAUGUGUCAAAUCUGGAUGGGGUGCGUUUGAUUCGCAGCACGAAGCGUCUGGGUGUCGGCGGGUGUCGCAGUCUAGGUGCAUCCAGAGCUUCAGGGGAGGUUCUGGUGUUCAUGGACCCACACUGUGAAUGCCACAGUGGCUGGCUGGAACCACUCCUGGAGAGAGUGGCUCAGGACAGGACCAGAGUCGUUUCCCCCAUCAUAGAUAUGAUCCACUGGCAGACUUUUCAGUACAACGCCACUCAGUGGCCAGUGUGGGGAGUUUUCAACUGGAACCUCGACUUCUACUGGGAAUCCAAACCAGAACUGCUGGACAAGGACCCAGACUUGGCGGUUGAACCUGUACUGAGUCCAGCAUUAGGAGGAGGGGUUCUGGCCAUGGAUAGACAUUUCUUCCACAAAGUGGGAGCUUAUGAUCCUGGGAUUGUGCUGUGGGGAGGAGAGCAUAUUGAGCUGUCAAUCAGGGUGUGGUCAUGUGGGGGCUCCAUGGAGGUGGUCCCGUGCUCCCGCGUGGCCCAAGUAGACCACCAGCGCCACCUGCCCUACCGUUUCCGAGACCAGGAGCAGCUUGAGAGGAACAAGAUCCGCAUAGCUGACACUUGGAUGGACGCGUACCGUAAGAUUUUCUACAGGAGGGACACGCUGGCUCAUUUUAUCAGGCAGUCUGAGAGCCCGAAUAUUACUGAGCGCCUGCUGCUGAUGAGGACUUUGGGCUGUCAGGACUUCCACUGGUACCUGACUACAGUUUAUCCCCAACUUUACAUUCCUCAGGACAGAGCGGGACUGUCAGGCGAGCUCUACAACAUCGCAUCUGGCGGCUGUGUGGACUACCGCCCCGGGCAUGGUGGAGCCAUAAUCAUAGCGCCAUGCAGCGGUACAGGCAGCCAGCACUGUGAUCUAAACUCUGAUGGGGAAGUGCGAUGGGGUUCUGAGGGGGUUUUGUGUUUGGGCGCUGUUGAAGAGCGGGUGGUCCUCUCCGAGUGUGCAAGCCACCCACCAAUCAGCAACAAGCACCAGUGGAAGUUCAUAAAGCUGAGCGGCCAGCUGGUGCACCAACAGUCUCAACUGUGUGUGGAAGCAGUGAAGCAGAGCAUCCCACCGAGUGAUGGCGGCUCCCACUCAAGCGCGGGCGAUCUCUUCCUGCGGCCCUGCACGUCUCAUCCCACACAACAGUGGCACUUUGAGCAACUGGUGUCUCCCUAAUGAGACGAAAAU